AUGGGCGGUAUCACGGUCAAAUACGUUAGCGUGGUCAAAGUGACAUUGCUUAUCCCACAAAAUUUAAGCUCGGGCUGUGAUAGCUUUCGGCUCCUACCAAUAUACUUAGUCGGACUGAAGGACAAAUCAAGGCCAUUAGGAAAGAGUAAGGCUUUUCUGGGAUCAUCGGGUCCACGAAGCCUCGGAGGGAGCAUUAGAAAGCUCCAAAGACCACUACUAAAGGUGGCCCCGAAUAUGUGGAUAGCAGCAUUAUUCCUCCCGGACGGGUCAACCGCGGACGGGAGCUCCUCUUCCGUUGAAUGGCCUAAAGUUGCGCAGUGGACCAUGUCGACAGAUAGUGAUAGGCCAUCGAUAGUUAGGAAAGUAGUCGAAGACGCCGUUCCUCUUGUGAUGAACGUUUUCGGUUCAGGAAGGUGGAGCUAUACCGAUGAAACUUAUAAUCAUGAGACUUCGUGGCUUAUUUAA